ACCAUCAACCAACACACAAAGCUGCCAGAUCCGAGGAGAGAAAACAAACACACUACUUUUACUUUCCACGCAAUAAGACUCGUCCCAAAUGCCAAAGGAGCAUCUCCACGCAGCUUUUACCUCUCACUUUCGAUAAAAAUCCUCUCCUCUCUUUCAUCGGCGCGCACCUCCCACCUUGGUGACCUAGUGCGGAAGAUGCACGGUCGAGACCUGAGCUUCAGGGUGACCCCAUUGCGGUGCGGCCGAGUAAACAAUAAGCACCAUGGACCGGAAGACCGUCCGAAAAGUGAAGAGCUGCCUCUUCGUUGCGACCGGGGCCAUCAUGUGUCUCACCGUCGUCUACCUGAACGUGUUGAGUGAAGGUCGGACCAGAGUGCAGGUGAAGCGAAGUUUGCUUGAACUCGACCUGACCGAAGGUACCGUCUCGAGCAGGAGGAAUGUGGCCACCAAGUCCCUGCGCGAGUUGGGCGCCACUCCCGAAAUCAGCCAGGACUUUUUGUUCUUCAACAGGGUGCCCAAGUCGGGCAGUGAGAUGUUUGUGCUGCUCAUGACCUGGCUGCAGGGCAAGAAUGGAUUCAGGCACUACAGACUGCCAGGAGGAAGAGCAGGAAAUGACCGAAGGCUGUCAAGCCUGAGACAGGAGGAAGUCGUUGAAACUGUAAACGACAUCCGCAGAGAUUCUGCCUUGCCCACAUCCUUCGACAGGCACAUGUAUUUCACGAAUUUCACCGCUUUCGGCCGUCAAAAUCCAAUCUACAUAAAUUUGAUCCGCGACCCGGUUGACAAAAUGAUGUCUCGUUUUUAUUACGCCGACCUGAAGAAGCGGAAAGAGGCUCAGCAGUUCGAAGAUUGCGUCGGCAGUGGGGCGCCAGAUUGCAACUUUGUCGCCGGUCACCUUUACGACCUCACCAUACCAUACUUUUGCGGCCACGAGUCUUUCUGCUCCGAAAUCAAUAACUGGCAAGCGUUGGAAAGAGCCAAGGCCAACGUGGAAAAAUAUUUCAAAGUUGUCGGCGUUCUGGAAAAUCUAAACGAGACGCUGGCAGUGUUGGAAACGAGCCUCCCCCGCUACUUCCGUGGCGUCCAGGAAUUAUAUUUCAAUGAACUGCUGAAGCCACACUACAACAAAAAUAAAAACAACCCCAGAAAGAUGAAAGAAUCGACCAGAAGGAAACUGGAGAGCUCUUUGAAAAUGGAGUACGAUUUCUACAAUUUCGUCAAAAAGAGAUUACUGAAGCAAUUCCAUUCAAGGAAAUAAUUCUCUCAACGAAAAGAAUAGAUUUUUGCUAUAAACGAAUCUUUAAAUAUCUUAAAGCUGCAAACUGUGAUAAUAUUUUAGAUUGAACAAAUGAUUCUAAAUCCCUAAUUUUAUGGAACAGCCGUACAAUUUUUUAUUUUGAAUAUAAAUUGUGAUACUGUAUAGUAUAUAUAAUAUGUAAAUAUGUUAACAUUAACAAAUAUUUAAUUUCAAAUUUAUAAGCGAUUAAAAUUUUACAAACAUUUUAUAAGCAUU